GUAAAUCCGCGGGUUCGCUUUGGUUAUGUUUUUAAAAUUGAAUCAUAAUAAAGAAAAAAUUUUUCGCCGGAUUUUGAUAUUAUGCAAUAAUGCAGAAAGAAGCAUUUGUAAGCCGGAUAAUUAUCUAUGAACUUAGAAAGCUAUGCUUUUAGAGAUUUUCAUGAUGAUUGUAUUGUUCUCUGACAGAAAGAUUCCAAACUGAUUUAACUUGAAAGCUAAUCAAGUGGUCAAUCCAAAAUGAUUAAUUCCUUUUAAAAAUAAAAUUGUAAGUGUCUUUAAAAUAAAAAGUUUUAUUUUCUUGUUGGAUUCUUAUUUACUGAGCAAGAUGAGUGAUUCUGUCUCUUCUAUUAAAAAAGAUAAUUCUUCAGAUCAAGAAGAUAUUCUUAUAGAGAUCCCACAACUUGCAGGAAACGAGUUGGUGAAAAAAUCACAACUUACAAGAUUGGACAUUAGAGGAUUAGUAGUGCGGUGCACAUCAUGUCUUCAUCAAAUCAAUCAUCAUGAUCCUGAUAAACUGAGAAAACAUAUUCGAUUAGGUGUAAUUGUAUGUAGUGACUGUUACGAUUUUUAUGGUAGUAGUGAGUUUUCUCAAGAUGAGUCUGGUAAUUACAAUUACUGUGCAUGGUGCGGAAACGGAGGAAAACUGUAUCUUUGUGACUUUUGUCCCAAUACAUUCUGCAGUACAUGUGUCCGGAGAAAUAUUGGUCGUGCUGCAGUCUCUGAAAUGUCUAAAGAGGGUUGGAAAUGUUACUGCUGUGAUCCUUCAAAACUGAAACACAAAGUUGCAUUUUGUGAUUUACUUUUAGAAUAUUCAAAAAAUGAGCAAAAAAAGAGAGACAAAAAGUCAUUAUUAACUUCAAAACUAAUUAAAAAUGGAAUAAAAAACUUGCCAGAAGCCAAUAAUUUCCUUUUAUCAGCAUUUGAUUCUGUUGAUGAUUCAUGCAAAUCAUUUCAUAAACGAGUGGAAAAGCUGAAAAAUAUUGGUAUGUCCCAGUCAAAGAGUCUAAAACAUAUCAUUUCAAAAUUUGAAGAAACUGUGAAUUCUCACAAACGAGAAUUAAAUCAUGUAAUAAAAUCAUUAUCUUCCAAGUAUAUCAGCUAUUUAGAAAACCAGAAAAAAUCUGUAGAAAAUCAUGAGAAAUCAUCAGAAUCUAAAGAUAAUAAUAUAGGAGAAAAGAGUGAAAGUAAACAAGAUUUAGAGAUAAAUGGGGAUGAUUCUUUAAAAGCAGACCAAACUGGUGAUGUAGAUAUGGAAAAUUUAAAUGAUCAUAAUGAUGAGGCCAAACUACAUAAUGGUGAAGAAAAAAUUAAUGAAGAUAAUUAUAAAGCAAAAUUAUCAUUAUUAAAUCAAGCAGAAAGUAGCUUGAGUGAAAUUGAUGAUAUUUUGGCUGAUGCCCCUGCUUUAAUGGACAGUAGUGAUGAAAAAAAUUCUGAAAAUACAAAAACUGAUGAAAAGUUAUCAGAAAAUGCAUCAGAUAAUAAAAAUUUAAUGGAUAAUAGAAAGGAAGAAAAUUCUAAAAAUGCAAAAACAAAAACUAAUGGAAAGUUAUCAGAAAAUGCAUCAGAUAAUAAGAAUGUCAGUGAAAUGAAUAUUAAGAAGAAAGAUGAUUCCGAUUCUGAUAUUGCUGAACUUUUUUGCAGUAAAAUUAAUAAAACUAAAAAAGUAUCUGCUAAUAGGAAACUAGAUUUUAAUUCCUUAACUUUUUUAUCAUCUGCUAGUGCUGAGAAUUCUGAGAGUUCUAUUUACCUCUCUUCUGAUGGAGAAAUUAAAACAAAAGAGAAGGAAAAAAAGAAAGCUGUUAAGAAAUCAAGAAAAAAAGUUAUUAUUACUAAAGAUGAUCCAAAGCUUAAACUUAAAACAAGUGUAGUACUUCAAAGAUGUGAUCAUUUGUUGCCAAAUGGAGAAACCACUAUACCAUUACCUGCAAGUUAUCUGUUAGAAGAUCUUGAUAAAUAUAUUAAAUCACUGACAAAGGAACCAGUAAUAAGAGAAAAGCAGGCAUCAAGUGAUACUGAGAAGGAGGAAAAGCCAAAGGAAGUUAAGAAACCUAAAGUUCCUAAAAAGAAAUAUAGCAGCUCUUCGAGCUCUAUUUGCUUAUCGUCAACUGAAGAUGAGGAAACAAAUAAAAAGAAGUUAUUCAAAACUAAUAUUGAUGAUCCUAACACCCUUGCAAAAAAGAAAAUAUUCUCUGUGACAUCUGAUGAAAGUGUUUUUACUGAUACCACUGAAGAAGAUGAAGAAACAACAAAAAAGAAAAAAUCUAAAAAAGGAAAAGCACAAUCUGACUCUUCUGAUGAUUUUCAACCAAAGAAGAAAAGGAAGUUUGAUAAACUACUUCACAAGCGUAUUUCAUCAGAAGAAGAUUCUGAUUUUGAAGGGGAGAAAAAACCUGGAGAAAGGAAAAAACCAACCAAGAGGAAACGAUUGGCUUCAGAUGAUUCUAAAUCUGAAAAUAAAAAGUUGGAUUCAGAUGAAACAACUUCGACUGAUUCAGAAGAAGAAAAACAAAGAAAGAAGAGGAAAAGGAAAAGAAUAAAGAAAGCCGCAGUUUCUUCUUCUAGUGAUGAGGGUAAAAAAAAAGAUGAAGAGGCUGAGUCUCAAAACACUCCUGGAAAAGGCCGAAAAAACAUUAAAAAAAUCCUGUCUAAGAAGGAUUUAGCUAUGGAAACUAAAGAAGCACAAAAUCUUGAACGAGAACGAAGGAAAAGAGUCCAAGAAAGACAAAAUUUGUACAAUGUGAUAACUGACACAGGAGCUGAUGGUUCAGAACUGAUUACCAGAAAAAUGGUUUUGGAGAUUGAUCCUGUUUCUAAAGAAGAAAUAGUAGAAAUUCAUCCUGAUAUUGUUGACAAAUUGAAACCUCAUCAAGUGAAUGGAAUCAAAUUUAUGUGGGAGUGUACUAUUGAGUCAUUAAAGCAAUUGGAAACAGAAAAAGGGUCUGGAUGUAUUUUAGCUCAUUGUAUGGGUUUAGGGAAAACUCUACAAGUUAUUGCAUUUUUGCAUACCUGUCUCACUAACAAACAUGUGAAUAAAUACAUCAAAACAGCUUUGGUGAUCUGCCCAUAUAAUACUGUAUUGAACUGGUCUAAAGAAUUAGAUUAUUGGUUGCAAGAAGUUGAAGGAAAUAUCUUGGUUCAUGAAUUAACCUUGGCUAAGGACAAUUUAACCAGAGUUGAUGUUCUUGAAUAUUGGCAGCGUGAUGGAGGAAUUUUGAUUAUCAGCUAUGAUUUAUUUCGUCGUUUGGCUGUUGCUAAAAUAAAGGGAUUGAAAAGCAAGAGCAGAACUGCAAUUUUUCGUAGUUUAAUUGAUCCAGGUCCUGACAUUGUUAUUUGUGAUGAGGGACAUGUUUUAAAAAAUGUGAAUUCUGCUAUAUCAAAAGCUUGUUCUACAAUUAGAAGUCAAAGACGAAUUGUUUUAACUGGAACACCUUUGCAAAAUAAUUUACUUGAAUAUCAUUGUAUGUUAUCAUUUGUGAAACCUCAUCUUCUGGGUACUCCUAAAGAAUUUCGCAAUAGAUUUAUCAAUCCUAUAAUGAAUGGACAGUAUGAUGAUUCUACUGAAUAUGAUGUCAAACGCAUGAAGAAAAGGAUACACAUUCUUCACAAGCUUUUAGAAGGCUGUGUUCAGCGAUGUGAUUAUGGUGCUCUUACAAAAUUUCUACCUCCUAAACAUGAAUUUGUUAUAAGUGUAAAGCUGUCUGAAAUUCAAAUUAAAAUGUAUCGAUGGUAUCUUGAUAACAUGUCACGUGCCAGAACACAAGAGAAAAUACAAGGAGGAACAUUAUUUUCUGAUUAUAAUAUUCUUAGAAAUUUGUGUACUCAUCCGUAUAUCAUUCAGACAAGUUAUGAACGUGCAGAAAGAAGAAAACUUCUGAAAGACGACGACGAAGAUAUUGCAGAUUUUAUAAAUGAUAAUAGUGAAGAAACAGCUGAAAGUUCUUCAAGCUCAGAUGCAGAUGAAGUUGUAAGAAAAUACAAAACAAGAUCCAGGAAUAAUGACCCAGAUGAUGAAAUUGAAGAAGAACCAGUGGCUGAAGCAAUAAAAGAAAAAACCUGGUUUGAUGAUUUCAUUUCUGAGGAAGAUAAAUAUAAAAUUGAACUGAGUGGAAAAAUGGUUCUUCUAGUGGAUAUUCUUAAAGAAUGUGAGGCUAUUGGAGAUAAAGUAAUUGUGUUUUCUCAGUCUCUUUUGACCUUUGAUUUAAUAGAAGAUUUGUUAAGCUACUUAGAUGAGCAUCCAGUGACCGAAGAGGAAGAAGCUCGUGAUAUUAGAUUUACUUGGAAAAAGAAUGUUGAUUAUUUUCGUAUGGAUGGGUCAACUUCUGCUGAGUUUCGAAAGCAAUAUAUAGAUCAUUUCAAUGAUCCAAAUAAUGACAGAGCACGUCUUUUCCUUGUUUCUACAAAAGCAGGAGGUUUAGGAACAAAUUUAAUUGGAGCCAACAGAGUUGUAAUGUUAGAUGCAUCAUGGAAUCCAUCUCAUGAUGUUCAAGCAAUUUUCAGAGUCUAUAGAUUUGGUCAAAAGAAACCUGUGUAUAUAUACAGAUUUCUUGCUCAAGGUACAAUGGAAGAAAAAAUAUAUGAUCGUCAAGUGACUAAGCUGUCUCUAUCAAUACGUGUAGUUGAUGAGCAGCAAAUUGACCGUCAUUUUAAUGCUUCAGAACUUGCAGAAUUGUAUAAUUUUGAUCCAGAAUCUUUACCUAAUCGUCCAACUCCUAUGGUUCCCAAAGAUACUCUUUUGGCUGAAAUGCUUAUCAAAUAUAAAGAUUGGAUUGUCACUUACCACGAGCAUGAUUCUCUUUUACAAAAUGAAACCGAAGAGGAUUUAACUGAAGAAGAACGUAAAGCUGCUUGGGCUGAAUAUGAAAAUGAAAAAGAAGGCAGAUAUGCUAUAGAAGAUCUGCCUUUAGAAGAAACAAUAAAAGGAUUCUGCAGGGAACCUGAUUUUAAUGAAGCAAUUUAUGAAGGCUCUGUUAUACCAACUGCAAAAUCUAUGAUUGAAGCUAUAAUUGCAGCUUUCAGGAAACAGUAUCCUACAUCUUCUGCUGUUGAAUUGCGAAAGAAACUUCAGAUGGCUAUCUAUACUUUAAGAGCCAUGUUUCAAGAAAAACAUGUUAAAAUUCUGCGAAUGAAACAAGAAUAUGUUGCUAAGGGAUCUGUACCAGUUGCUGUAAAUAAAUAUUUGGAGGAAGUUAACCAUAUUGUUUCAGAUUUAACUAUGCAUCAUGAAAAUGUUUCUCAGUUGGUGAAUAGAGAUAUUAAAGCUGCUUAUGAACAGCAAAUGGCUCAGAAAAUUAACAGUCAAAUGCAACAAAAUCAGCAACAACAGUUUGGGAAUAGACCAUUUUCUAUGCCAGUUAAUGCUAAUUAUCCGCGAAUGAAUGCAGCAGCUUUUGGCCAAAGACUUCCUUUCAUCCAAGUUAGGAUGAAUGCAGCAGCUGCAGCUAAUUUGAGACCAGGGAAUCCAAGAUGGACUUUUCAAUCACAAAAUUUUUCUGAGUUGUAUAAGCGAUUAGCUGCCAAUCAAAAUGCACAGCAGAAAAAUACGACUACAACUCCUGAACCUGUGAUCACAGAAAUGGAAACUAAUGACAUUUCAAAUGAUACACAUCCAAAUGUACAGCAAAACAACACUACAAAAAAUGCACAUUCAACUGUAGAAAUUACAGAAAUCGAGUAACUUCUUAUUUAUUUAUUUUUUUUUUUUUUGUUGCAGUACAGUAAAUGUUUUAUAAACAUGCAUUGCUGAUUUUGAAAAAGAAAAUCAUAAAAUAUCCAUCGUCUGAAAAGCAUUUUACUCUGGAUUGUAAAUAUUCUUUGUUCAUCGAUGUUAAAAUCAAUAUAACCAUAUACAUAUGUGAAAAUAUUCUUUUUUUGACAAACCAAAAACUUGAUAAAUUCUUUAGUCAGAAUCUUUACAAAAACAAAUAUGUGUGCUCUUAUUAUUAAUUUACAUUGCUACAUGUAUAUAUGCUUAUUUAUAAUGCAAUCUUCUUUUGAUUAUAAGAAAAUCGUAUGCUUGAUUUUCAAAAUGUUAUAAGCGUUUUUAUCCAUGAUUUGUACCAUAUCUUCAUUGUUGUACAGCAAGAAUUUUAGACUGUAAUGUAAAAUUAUGUCAAUAAAGUGGCCAGUUGGAAAAAAUUAUGGUUUUUUAAUUAAAAGUAU